GCUGUAGGUGGCGCUGAACGAUUACCAUGGUCAAAAUUGGAUUACAGUUCAGAGCCAGCCUGGAGAAUGUUACAAACCUGGGCCCAGAUGGAGAUGACUUUCGUUGGUACCUGAAGCUAAAAUGUCUCAACUGUGGUGAGGUUGGAGAUAAAUGGCAAUAUCUCACAUUAUUGGAAAGCACAGCAUUGAAGGGUGGACGUGGUCAUGCUAGUCUUGUCACGAAAUGCAGGUUUUGCAUGAGGGAAAACUCCAUUGACAUAUUAAAGGAUUUGAUCCAGCCGUAUACUAUUGAUGACAACAACAGGUUUAAGACAAUGGUGGUGUUUGACUGCAGGGGUGUGGAACCAACGGAUUUCUCUCCUCGGACUGGCUUUAUUGCCCAGGGAGCAGAUUCUAAUACUGUAUUCAACGACAUCAGUCUGACAGAGAAGGAGUGGGCCGACUACGACGAAAAGACGAAAGAAUCUGUCGGCAUCUAUGAAGUGGAGCAGAAGUUUGUGAAGCUGUGAAUCCAUGGAAAAGCACUGGUUUUGUGCGUCAGGGGAACACUGGCGAGCAUCACGCUUUGAGCUGCUAUUCCAUUCACAAUGAUUAAUACUUGUCACACAGUAUGUUUACUAAAGGUUGAGUAAGAACAGUUUGUGAUGUGACAUGUUUUAUACUCUGCCCAGUGUGUCAGACACACAAAAUACACACACCAGAAUAUAUUAUAUAUCAACCUUAUACGGCAUAGUAAAUAAUGUUCUAUAUUAUCAAAACAAGUGGUGCCAUCUUUUGCCACAGACUGUAAAGCCCGGCGCACACGUGAGUAAUUUUAUUCAAGUAAAAUGAUGCAUGCGUCAAAAUACUCACGCGCGCGGCGGAUUUUCGUUGGUAUUUUGACGCAUGCAUCAUUUUACUUGAGUAAAAUUACUCGACGGGCUUUACAGUCUGUGGCAAAAGAUGGCACCACUUGUUUUGAUAAUAUAGAGCAUUAUUUACUAAGCUGUAUAAGGUUGAUAUCUAAUAUAUUCUGGUGUGUGUAUUUUGUGUAUAGUCAUUAGACAUAAUACGACUUGAGAAAAAGUCUGAAAAUAAAGUUAACGUAUAGGUUGAAAAGUAAUAUGUAUUGAUCUAAGACAUUUGGUAUAUAUUCAUAGUAGAUCACAUAUCUGGCUUGGAAUCUGUAAUAUGGAUGGGGAAAUCAAUAGUGUUAAAAAUUGAUCGAUAUCACUGUAAAAUAUUGACUGUAAUCAGUGAAAUAGAUGAUGUGGAUGUCAGUCGAGUUUUUUUGCACUAACGUAAAACGUAAAGUAAAUGAAUGAGUGAAUGAGUGAAUGAGUGAAUGAGUGUGUUAGUUGCUUCAAAUUCAUAGAUGUGCAUUGUUAUAGUAAUAGCUUUGUGGUUGUAAUAGCUCCUACCCUUGAUGUCAGUUAGUUUGUUUUGUUUCUUGAUUAUAUAGAUGGAAUUAAAGUAUUAGUGAUGAGAUUCAUCAUCUACUGGAUGUGUAAAUGAAAUGCACUAAACAUUUUAUUUUAAGUCAAAUUUACCACACAUUACAUUUUAUGCUGUAAUGCCUUUAUUUGCUUAUAAUGAUUGUAUACUAGUUUGGGGAGAUAAUUAAUAAAUUAUUUUGUUAUAAAAAAUG